AUGGAGGGCGUCUGGGUGACUCUGUUGCCUGCUGCGCUCGCAACCUCUGCAGCCUAUGUAGUGUUCAUUGUCCUCUACAAUGUGUACUUCCACCCGUUGGCCGCAUUUCCAGGACCGCCUGUCGCCCGAACGACCAUCUACUGGAAGGCUUACGUUGAGUGCAUUCUGAAGAGAUCAUUCUGCGACGUCCUCCGCGAGCUACAUGCACAAUACGGAGACGUCGUUCGUGUAGGACCAAAUGAGCUCCAUUUUGCUGAUCCAAAAGCCUACCACGACAUCUACAACAACAAGAACCGUUGGGAUAAGGAGUCACGCCUAUAUAAAAGCUUCAACGAGGACCGGUCCAGCUUCGGCUUCCUGACCUAUGCUGAAGCCAAAAAUCGCAAGGAUGUGCUCAACCGCUCCUUUUCCCAGACAGCAAUCGAGAGCGCCGAAAGUCUGCUGGUCGAACAGACGAAAGCGCUCUGUGAGGCCUUCGAGCGACAGACCAAGGCGGGCAAGAGCUCGAAUCUGCUCUACGCCUUCCGAUGCAUGAGCAUGGAUGUCAUCACGAGUUUCUGCUUCGGCAAGCCGAUAUACGCCGUGGAUGCGCCCGGCUUUCAGGCUCCGAUAGUGAUGGCCAUGGACGCGUCGCUACCUGUUUUCGUCGGGUUCAAGUACUCCGAUGUCUUCAAGAACAUGAUAUUGAAGUGCCCGCCGAAGCUCUCUAAAGUUGUCAGCCCAGCCACAGCGGGUCUGGUAGACCUCCAGCAGCUGCUCCUCCGGCAGAUCAAUGACCUUACCAGCGACCCAGAGAAGCUCAAGGCCCUUCCGCAUAAUAUGACCAUCUAUCAUCGCCUUUUAGACGCUGACGCUUAUCGCGACAAAAAGCUUCCAUCGGCUGGCAGCCUCUACGAAGAGUCGCAAGCACUGAUGUUCGGCGGCGCAGACACCGUCGGGAAUACUCUUAUGGUCGGCGCAUACUACCUACUCCAGAACCCGGAUAAGCAACAAACGCUCAGGGAUGAGCUAAGAACAGUCUGGCCGUCGCUAGAUAGCGCAGAAGCAGACCCUAGGGUCAAGGAUCUUGAGAGACUGCCAUAUCUCAAUGCGGUCAUCAAAGAGUCCCUCAGGCUAUCUUCUGGCGUCAUCUGGGGGCUACUACGCGUAGUGCCAACCACCGGUGCAAAGAUAGCUGGGGUUGAUAUUCCACCAGGUACAAUCGUAUCAACCGGCAGUACAUUCGUUCACUACAACGCCGCCAUCUUCCCCGAACCAGACAAAUUUCAGCCAGAACGCUGGCUCGAAUCCACUGACUUGGAUCAAUGGCUCGUUGCCUUCUCCCGCGGUCCGAGGAUGUGUCUGGGGAUCAAUCUCGCCUGGGCAGAAUUGCGUCUUGGCUUCUCACACGUGUAUCGCAAAUUUGAGUUGGCAACGAAAAUUGGUAUAUAG